CACAAUUCCACCUCCAAGCUUUUGCAUCCUUGCAGCUGCAGGCGCAGCCUUUGCAUCUCGGAUGUCGGAUUGAUUUGAAUUUGAACCCGUCCUCGUUCCAAUCCAUGACACAGUGGCACAUGCGCUGACAAGAACACCUGUUCAUGUGUCUCAACUGAGCGUGUACGACCUCGCGCCGAUCAGAGCCAAGAACUCUCGCCCAUCGUGAGCCGGUAGAGGUGCAGAGCGCCGGGAUGCAGGAGGCCGCCGGCGGCGACGUCACCGGCGCGGAAGAUGGCGCGGACGAUGUCUUCUUCUGCGUGGCCGCGACGUCGAGGGGCAACAGGAGCAGCAUCUCCUACUUCCACACCAACGCGGCCGGCGACGACGCCCAGUCGGCCCUCGCGCUGGCCGCGCUCUGCCUCGACCACGCGCCCGAGCACCACCAGUGGCACCACCACACCGUCGCCGGGGCGAGGACGUUCGCGUUCCUCUCGGCCGGCGACGGCCGCACGUACUUCGCCGCCGCGGACCCGACGCCGGGCGCCGCCGAGGUGGUCCGGUUCCUGGAGCGCGUCCGCGACGCGUGCGACGCCGCGCCCAGGAAGCGCCUGCGCGACGAGGCCGUGGCCCACGUCGCACGGCAGUUCGAGCAGCAGCUGCGGGCCGCGGCGGCGGGGGCGAGUUCCGGCGCGGGGGACUCGGCGGCGCUUCCCGGAGCCUCGCCGCGGGAGCUGGCGCCGCCCACGCCUAUGGCGCCGCGGACGCCGGCGGCGAGAAGGACGAGGAGCACCAGCGGGCUGGAGCGCAACGUCGCGCCUUGCAGCCGGGUGGGGAGAGCGCGCGGGCGCGGUGGCGCUCGUGGUGGCGCCACGCGGUGGUCGUGAUCGGCGUGGACGUGGUGGUGUGCCUGGUGCUGUUCGCCGUGUGGAUGGGGGUGUGCAAAGGCUUCAGGUGCCUUACGCGAUGAAUCAAGACUCAAGAGAAUGCAUUCUUUUAUGUUUGCUUAUCAGCUAUCACAUCGAGAAUUUGUAAAAGAUUGUAGCGUUUUAAGUCAUGCAUGAUCUAGAAACUCAGUUCUUGCGAAAUGCAGGAAAUCUACAAGUUCAUGCAUGACAAGGAUCGUACGGUCAUUGAUCAAAAUCCAAAUAGAUGCCUUUACGCGUAAACUCCAGAAACAGAGAUGUUGUAAACAGUAUAUGGAGAUAGGCAUGUCUGGCUGUCUGUUACUCUGGUAAUACACUAAUUACUUCUGGCCGUAA